UGGGCCACAGAAGACCUGGGAAGGAUGGAGAAAUGGUCUAGCUUAGACUGGAAGGCAUCUGAGGCUAUACCCCAAGAAGACUCUUGCCUGGAUCCCCUAGAAGGAGACCCUAAUUCCAAGCCACCUCUAGCCAAGCCCCAGAUUGUCAUGGCCAAGAGCCGCACUCGGCUCUUUGGGAAGGGUGACUCUGAGGAGGCAUCACCUAUGGAUUGUGCUUAUGAGGAAGGUGGGAUGGCCUCAUGCCCUACCAUCACCGUCAGCUCUGUGGUCACUCUACAGAGACCUAGAGAUGGUCCCACCUAUGCCAGGCAGUCAUCGCAAGACUCUGUCUCUGCCAGUGCUGAGAAACCCCUCAAGCUCUACGACCGCAGGAGCAUCUUCGAUGCUGUGGCUCAGAGUAACUGCCAGGAGCUGGAGAGCCUGCUGCCCUUCCUGCAGAAGAGCAAGAAGCGCCUCACGGACAGCGAGUUCAAAGAUCCCGAGACAGGGAAGACCUGUCUGCUGAAAGCCAUGCUCAACUUGCACGAUGGGCAGAAUGACACCAUUGCCCUGCUCCUGGACAUAGCCCGGCAAACGGACAGCCUGAAGCAGUUCGUCAACGCCAGCUACACAGACAGCUACUACAAGGGCCAGACGGCUCUGCACAUUGCCAUCGAGAGGCGGAAUAUGGCACUGGUGACCCUCCUGGUGGAGAAUGGAGCAGAUGUCCAGGCUGCAGCCAAUGGAGACUUCUUUAAGAAAACCAAAGGGCGGCCUGGUUUCUACUUUGGAGAGCUGCCCCUGUCCCUUGCUGCGUGCACCAACCAGCUGGGCAUCGUGAAGUUCCUGCUGCAGAAUUCCUGGCAGCCAGCAGAUAUCAGCGCUCGGGACUCAGUGGGCAACACUGUGCUGCAUGCCCUGGUGGAGGUGGCUGACAACACGGCUGACAACACCAAGUUUGUGACAAGCAUGUACAAUGAAAUUCUGAUCCUAGGGGCCAAACUCCACCCCACACUGAAGCUGGAGGAGCUCACCAACAAGAAGGGACUCACACCGCUGUCUCUGGCUGCCAGCACUGGGAAGAUUGGGGUCUUAGCUUAUAUUCUCCAGAGGGAGAUCCAGGAGCCUGAGUGCCGGCACCUGUCCAGGAAGUUCACUGAGUGGGCCUACGGGCCAGUACAUUCCUCACUCUAUGACCUGUCCUGCAUUGACACCUGUGAGAAGAACUCGGUGCUAGAGGUGAUUGCAUACAGCAGCAGUGAGACCCCUAAUCGCCAUGACAUGCUCCUGGUGGAGCCCUUGAACCGACUUCUACAGGACAAGUGGGACAGAUUUGUCAAGCGCAUCUUCUACUUCAACUUCUUUGUCUACUGCCUGUACAUGAUGGUCUUCACCACGGCUGCCUACUACAGGCCUGUGGAUGGCUUGCCCCCCUAUAAGCUGAAGAACACGGUUGGAGACUACUUCCGAGUCACUGGAGAGAUCCUGUCUGUGUUGGGAGGCGUCUACUUUUUUUUCCGAGGGAUUCAGUAUUUCCUGCAGAGGCGGCCAUCCAUCAAGAGUUUGUUUGUGGACAGCUACAGUGAGAUGCUCUUCUUUGUUCAGUCGCUGUUCAUGCUGGUGUCUGUGGUGCUGUACUUCAGCCACCGUAAGGAGUAUGUGGCCUCCAUGGUGUUCUCGCUGGCCAUGGGCUGGACCAACAUGCUCUACUAUACCCGCGGCUUCCAGCAGAUGGGCAUCUAUGCUGUCAUGAUUGAGAAGAUGAUCCUCAGAGACCUGUGUCGAUUCAUGUUUGUUUAUAUCGUGUUCUUGUUCGGGUUUUCCACAGCGGUGGUGACACUGAUUGAGGAUGGCAAGAAUAACUCUGAACUGGCUGAGUCCACACCACAUAAGUUUCGGGGCUGCAGGUCCCCAGACAACUCCUACAAUAGCCUGUACUCUACCUGUCUGGAGCUGUUCAAGUUCACCAUUGGCAUGGGAGACCUGGAGUUCACUGAGAACUAUGACUUCAAGGCCGUCUUCAUCAUCUUGCUGCUAGCCUACGUGAUCCUCACUUACAUCCUCCUGCUCAACAUGCUCAUAGCACUCAUGGGCGAGACUGUCAACAAGAUCGCGCAGGAGAGCAAGAACAUCUGGAAGCUGCAGCGAGCCAUCACCAUCCUGGACACAGAGAAGAGCUUUCUGAAGUGCAUGAGGAAGGCCUUCCGCUCGGGCAAGCUGCUGCAGGUGGGGUUCACUCCUGAUGGCAAGGAUGAUUACCGGUGGUGUUUUAGGGUUGAUGAGGUGAAUUGGACUACCUGGAACACCAAUGUGGGCAUCAUUAAUGAGGACCCGGGCUACUGUGAGGGCGUCAAACGCACCCUGAGCUUCUCCUUGAGGUCAGGCCGAGUUUCAGGGAGAAACUGGAAGAACUUUACCCUGGUUCCCCUUUUGAGGGAUGCAAGCACUCGAGAUAGGCACCCUGCCCAGCCUGAGGAAGUUCAUCUAAAGCACUUCUCAGGGUCUCUAAAACCAGAGGAUGCUGAAGUCUUUAAGGAUUCAAUGACUUCAGGGGAGAAGUGA